UAUCAAACUUGUCUUUUUAGUUUUUUUCACAUUCUUUUCCGUGCCCGCAUUACCUUCUUGUUUUCAGUUCUUCACUUUUUUUUUUCUUUUCCCUUCAAACCAAUUUAGAGAAACACAUACAAUGGUGAAAGCUCAAGUUUCUCUUGCCCUCUUUUCCUUAUGCUUCAUCUUUCUAAUUUCAGGGAUCUUAUCAACGACGUUUACAUUAGUAAAUCAGUGCAAUUAUAAAGUAUGGCCAGGGAUAUUAUCAGGUGCAGGCACAGCCCAACUUGCCCCAACAGGAUUCAUGCUAAAUCCUGGCCAAUCUCUUCCCGUUCCCGUUCCAACGGGAUGGUCGGGUCGUUUAUGGGGCCGCACUUUUUGUUCGGAAGAUACUUCCAUGGGUAAAUUCACUUGUGCAACCGGCGAUUGUGGCUCCGGAACACUGGAAUGUUCCGGAGGAGGAGCUGCUCCGCCAGCUACUCUGGCGGAGUUCACACUGAAUGGUGCAGGAGGGCUCGAUUUCUAUGAUGUUAGUCUCGUGGACGGUUAUAACUUGCCUAUGCUUGUGAGUCCACAAGGCGGGACCAGAGUUGGAAACUGUUCAACAACAGGUUGUGUUGUGGAUCUCAACGGGUCGUGCCCGAAAGAGCUAAAGAUGAUGAUGAAUAGUCCUAGUAGUAGUAGUAGUGGUGGUGGUGGUGGUGAGUGUGUGGGAUGUAAGAGCGCUUGUGAAGCGUUUGGGGAUCCGAGAUAUUGUUGUAGUGGCCCAUACGCGACGCCUGAUACUUGUAAGCCAACGGAUUACUCGGAGUUUUUCAAGAGUGCAUGUCCGCGAUCGUAUAGCUAUGCUUAUGAUGAUGGCACCAGCACGUUCACUUGUGGAUCGGCAGAUUAUGUUAUCACCUUUUGCCCUCCUUCUAGCCAGAAAUCAUCUGGAGAAUCGUAUGCUGGUGCUGGUGACGGCUCAUUGGCCACGAGCCAUGGUGUUUUGAUCAAUACGCCAUUACCAUUUUUAACAAGCUUGAUAAUCACUAUUUUAGCAGCAGUUUAGCAUUUAAGGCAGUUGCCACUUUUGGAGUUUUGGGAGAGUUGCAAAAUUGUAAUCCUUAUGAUGAGGCAAUUUCUUUAAUAAAAAAAAAAAAUGCCAAAGAGAUUGGGGAAGAAUUGCAAGCCAUUUAGAACAAAGAAGUAGACGUAGCAUAAUUGUAGAUACAUAGUCCUUUUUUUGCUACUGAAAUCAGUUUUAAUAUAAGUAAGAUUUAAGUUAUAUA